AUGAUCAAGAUUCUACGUGAUAUUUCAAAUGUACAAGAACUUCCUGCAGAGUUUAAAGCUUCCUACUUCUUAUCCAAUUUAAAUUGUCCUCAGGAAAAUCAAGACAUAAAGAAUAGCAUAAAGAUUUUCAUGGAGAAAAUUAUGCGAGGUAUUAAACGAACGCUUUGGUGUUUGGGUUCCAGUGAAAAAGAGUUAAAAUGUAAAGCAGAAAUUUAA